GUCAUUUCAGAGAAAACAAAACUGAUCUCGCGCUCUCUGUCUCUCUCUCGUUGUGAUUUCAGGAAAAUGGCCGAGGCCAGUAUUUCAGUAGAUCAGCUUUCUGUGGACCAGUUCAUGUGUCCAGUGUGUCUGGAUCUCCUGAAGGAUCCGGUGACUAUCUCCUGUGGUCACAGUUUCUGUAAGGUGUGUAUUAAUGGCUGCUGGGAUCAGAAGGGCGUCUACAGCUGUCCUCAGUGCAGAGACACUUUCACGACAAGGCCUGUUCUACGCAGAAACAACAUGCUGGAUGAAGUGGUGGAGAAACUGAAGAAGACUGAAGUUCAAGCUGCUUCUCCUGCUCACUGUUACGCUGGACCUGGAGAUGUGGAGUGUGAUUUCUGCACCGGGAGAAAACACAAAGCCGUCAAGUCCUGUCUGAUGUGUUUGGCUUCUUAUUGUGAAAUUCAUCUGAAACCUCAUCUUGAAGUUCCUGCUUUGAAAAAACACACAUUAAUUGAAGCCUCAGCAAAACUCCAAGAGAAGAUUUGCUCUGAACAUGAUGAAGUGCUGAAAAUCUACUGUCGUACUGAUCAAACCUGCAUCUGUUAUUUGUGUACGAUGGAUCAUCACAAAGGUCACGACACCGUCACAGUUGCAGCAGAAAGAGCUGAGAAACAGGUGAGAACUAGAAAUCUUUCCAGAAUUAAAUCAUCUUAAUUAUAGUUUCCCAUCUAGAAACAGGUGCUUUAGUCAGUGAUAUGAUUUGAACUUUAAUUUCAAUGUGUGUAUCAGGGCUUUACAUUAACUUUUUUGCUCACCGGCCACUGUGGCUAGUGGUUUUCCCGAGUCACUAGCCAUUCAGCCUUUUCACUAGCCACAAUUUUGUUGCCAGGAAAUUGCAGUUUUUUCUUCACCAUGAUGCGUUAAAGUUCGGAAGAUCUAGAUUUAAUUAUGAAUGGCAGCGUAUAAUGUAUCUCUACAGAAGCACUCAAUACUCAGUGCUGUUAAGGUCGCUCCCUAUAUGAAAACAUGCAACCAGUUGAGACAAAAAUAUAAACAGAGUAUUCUGUUUAUUGAACUCAAAUUCAAGCCCCUUACAAUAUGAAA